AUGACUUGGGAAUUUCCACCUCCCUAACAAAAAAUCAUUCAUACGGUAAAAAAUGUUUAGAACAAACUCCAACUCCUUCGGCAAUUUAAAUUAUACAAUCGGAUGUACGGGAAGAACCGUACUGCCGGCGUUAAGUUGGGCUAAAGAAAGAUCGACAAUGAAGAAGGUGAAAUCGAUUUGCCGCAAGAAUCUAUCUACGGCAGGAAUCAAAGACCAAUUUCAAUUAGAUCCUCGACUAUGUGAAACAAAUAAGUCUGCUGGGUCUGAAAGAAAAGACUAUCAAAUACAACUUUCUUUACCGUUCUUUGAUGUGGACUGUACCAAGUUUUAUGGUGGGAUUGAUUGGUUAGAGCCUUAGACUUCAAAUAAGAACUUCAAUGAGUGGCAGCUUAUCUCUUCACAAUGGAAAAGGAUUAUGGCGGCUAUUUGGCUAAGGAUCAACUUGCAUGAGGCGGCACAAAUUGUGGCGGUGAAGUUUUGGCUUAUAAAAGGAGAUUUAGUCU